UUUUUUAACUAGCUGUCAUAAAUUCAGUCGAGGUCUUCUUCGUGUGAGUCGUACAGUAGACGUUGGUUGUCGCUCUUGUGGAUAUUUUAGUGUAUUUUUAAUCGUUUGGACCUAAACCAACAUGGCAAACGGGCACGUGGAAAUCCACGACCCCUUCUCCAACCCCAACGGCCUCCACAGCCCCAAAUCGACCUCAGACACAGACAGCAUGGAGGACACGGUGGAGUUCAGGCUCCUUAUGGCCUACGCAAAGAGGAGACGGCCACAAAAGGAGGCCUCUCCUCAGGACAUACAGACUUUACCAAGAGGUGGCACGGACGCAAACGGAUCCUCACCUCAGACGCCGGCCAUGACUGAAAAAGAGGCGAAAAAGAGGAGGAAGAAGAGGAAGAAGGGAUGGAAGAGCAUUUUCAGCUGUAUCAAACCUCAGACUGGGGAAGCAGAACCGUGCCCAAUGAAUGUGAAUCAGUAUGAUGUUGAAGACAGAUGUGGUGAUUGUAGGGUUGCUGAAGUAGAAGAAGAGGAUGAGCUCAAAGACUUAGCAGGCAAGCUAACACACAUCGCUGAUGAAGUCCCAUUCAUUCCUCCAGAAAUAGAGACCGACUCGAACAAUGAUGUGAAUGUGGAGAAAACCAUCGGCCUGCUGCUGAGGGAGAGUGGAGACCGACUGAACGAGAAGGAGCUGAAAGACGCCGCUAUAUCCUUAGAUCUUUUUUGGGAUUACAGUUUCUUUAAACUGCUGAUGACAACCCUUCUCACGAGGAUGGGCCUCAGGACCCCCAACCCUGAUUCUCCGGGGCCGAAAGCAUCUCCCAAAACUCAGAUCGCUGUGACCUGCGAGGUCACCAGUCGUCUAUCAGCGUUGAACACACUGCCCAGCAACCGACUGCUUGACCACGGAGCCAGAUAUCUGCAGCAUUAUUAUUCAUCCUGGGCACAGCAGCAGGGCGGAUACGAGGAAGCCUUUUACAGUGACGAUGAGGACGACAGCCAGUGAACACAAAGUCCUCUUGAAGGCUUUAACUUUUGCACAAGGAACAAAAGAAGACUCAGGACACACAUUUUGUACUUCAGUUUACAUAAAACCUGGACCUGCAGCCGCAUGCGUUCUUGUGUUAAUCUGGGUUUUCUUUUCAUAAAUCUGUAUAUUGGUCUGAUCUUUCUUCUGUGCCAAAGAUUAAACUAUUUUCAUGGCCUUGAUAACUAUUGUUGGAAGUGUAAAAAAUAUAUUUGUUUUCUCUGGGAGAUGUAGGGUACAUGUAGUAGUUUUAAAUCUACAGUAUUUGCGCUGUAGUUUGGUGGACAACAAAUAUUUUACUUAAGACUAAUUACAUAUUUGACAGCACUUGCACUUUUUCUAGAAACUGUAU